AUGGCCUCUUUCCAACAAUCCACCAAGGUUAGCUAUGCCGAUAUUGCGAGUCGGCCAGCUGCUACCAUGCAACCCAGGGUAGCAAGGCCGGAAUACUCCAAUAUCGUGAUAGUGAAGCCAAGCGGGGGCAAAACUUUCGGCAGCACGAAUUCGAAGGUUAUCGGCGACUUCGUCCGGAAAGAGUGGAAGUUUAUACAGCUGAACAUCAAUGGUCUGAACGUACCUGAACGAAAGACCCAACUGGUACAGCUACUACAAAGGAAGCAGUAUGAUGCCGUUUUUCUCCAAGAGUCCAAGCUCGGUUCACGGAAUAAAGACCCUAUCAUCAAUGGUUAUACUCUGAUCAGAUUAAACAGACCUAAUGCUCUCAACCAUCGAAGUGGUGGGGGUCUGGCCAUCUACAUCAAAAAUGGUAUAUCCCAUAGUGAGGUUCCUCUGAAAACCAUCGCUCCUCUGGAGGCAAGGCGGUAUCCUUUACCGAAAAGUCAAAGGUUUUUUUCUAUCGUUAAUAUUUAUCGACCCGAAGUCAAAGGCAAACCUCAACGAUUCAGUGAAUAUCAGUAUGUUUACGAUCAGUUGCCCGGGACCGACAAUAUUGUGCUUGGUGAUUUCAACACCAAACACGUAUUGUGGGGUUCGCCAACAACUGACACUAAUGGUAGACAAGUUCAUUGA